GAUAAUGUAUUUCCUUUUCAGUUCUUACAAUUAGAAUGGCAAUAUUGAAUCUGGGAGCGUCCAUCAUUUUUAGUCUCGUAGUUUGGUGCAACUGCAUUGAAUUAAAAAAUUGGGUUUCUGAAACCUGGAGUUGGCGAUUGCUCAUCGGAAGUAAUGUGAACAAGAGUCACCUGGAUUACACGUUCUGCUAUCAAGACGAUUUUGAAAUUUGCGAUCAGUUUUCAUUUAAACAUAAAAAAAUUCUGGAACGUAAUUGCAGUUGCACCGUGUCUCUCACCAACACCAGUGGCAAUGCUCUAAGCAUGAAUUGCACAGGUAUUAACACGAUGGGAUUUUGUCCACGUAAUUUUAAACUGGACUAUAAAUCCGGCUCUAAAAUCCCAUCGACUGAUCGCUCAACCGAUUCAUCGAGUACAAGUAAUCAAACAAAUCAAAGUGGAAAAUCUUCAGUCGAGAAAAAUAACGAUUUGGGGGUAAAUCUUCUCCUUGCUGUAGCUUUUAUUAUUUCUCUUCUAAUCAAUGUUGCUUUUUGCUAUGGGAACAGAAAAAGAUUUUAUCCCCAAGCCUCAAAAAUUUGUAGUCGUGUGAGAGCAGAGUCAGUAUUAAUUAAUGCUGCUGCUCCAAUAACCGAAAUCAGUCCUUCCUGUGCUCUUUAUGCCGAGGUCAAUAAGAGCAACAAUGAAGUAGGGGCUAACUCCUCUGUUUCGGUGGAAAAUUCCAUUUACGCCGAAGUGGUCAAGGCAAAAAAAGCAAUAAACACGAAGGUUGAAAGUGAUCCAGGCCAACCAAACGCACUUUACGCAGAGGUUAAUAAACCAAGAAUAGAUAAAAAGCAAUUGAGCGACCCUGAGGUGAGAAUAGGGAGUGUAAAAAACAAAGAAUCUGCCGGCGUUCGGUUUGAAAAACAGGAAUCUAAAAUAUACCAGGAAAUAUUGUAAAAAGUAUUUUAAUGAUAUUCCAAUUAAUUCGAUUUUUUAUUCUUCUGAAAAAAAAACAUCAAAAUUUAAAAAUCAGAAUCAAAGAACAACAUUUUAACCCAUUUAACUACGCAUUUAACAAAUUUUUGUUUGAUAUGAAGCUUCAUGGUCCUGUGGAGUAUUAUGGAUCAUAAAAUUGUUUGAGGAACGAAUAAUUAUAGAUGAAUAGAUUAUGUGUACAAAUGUUUUGAAAAAAUCGAUAAAUGUUGAUUUUUAUAAAUCUAAUUUUAUUCCAUUACUAUGAAACUCAAUAUUUAGUUUAUAUUUCUUUAAUAUCAAAUUCAAUGCUCUCUCAUUAUUUUAAUUUUAAGGGCUUCAAUCUUGAAAUUUAAAAAAAAAAACACUAAUCUGCAAGCGCUGAGCCUAAGAUAUUGUAAAAAGAGAAAAAAUAUAAUACUAUAUGAUACACCGUUUUUAAGUUGUGCAAUAAGCGAAUGAAGAUCAUAUAUUAACAGCCAAGAAGUGUCUUGAUAUUUAGACCGUAAUUACAGUUUAUAAUUUUGAUGUAAUUUCAAUAAAGCAAAUUAUUUAC